AACACAGUGCUUGACCACUAAAAACAAGCAUGAUAGAAUCCCCUGAGGAAAGCAUGGGAGAAACCAUUACACGGACUACAACAGCUAAGCUAAUGAAAAAAGCUUUUUUGGAGGCUCUACAAUCAAAUGACUACAGGACUCUGGAAGAGCUUUUGGCUCAAAAACAAAUAGAUGUGGACACAGUGUUUGAAGUGGAGGAUGAGAAUUUGCUCCUGGCCUCUUACAAACAAGGAUAUUGGCUGCCUAGUUAUAAACUGCAGCAUUCCUGGGCAACAGGACUACAUUUAUCUGUUCUGUAUGGACAUCUGGAGAGUCUGUCAGUCCUGCUGAAGCACAAAGCAACCAUCAACUGCAGACCCAAUGGGAAAGCAGCAAUCCACAUAGCAUGUGAAGUUGCUAAUCUGGAUUGUAUCAAUAUACUCUGUAGCCAUGGAGCAAAAACCAACUGCUAUUCAUUGAGUGGGCUCGCACCCCUGCAUUAUUGUACUACAAAGUUAUCCAUGCCAUGUGCACAACAGUUAAUUUGGAAAGGUGCAGAUGUAAAUAUAAGAUCAAACAAUCAAGACGAAGAAACGCCCCUUCAUACAGUUGCUCGUUGUGGUAUCCCUGAAAUGGUUGCCUUCUAUGUGGAACAAGGAGCUGUAGUUGAUGAUGCAAAUGCCCACCGAGAAACACCAUUGUCCUGUGCUGUUUACUGGGCCCUUAAUGGUAAGGAACAAAUCUACAGCACAGAUCACCACCUCAUCUGCCGGAUGCUCCUUGACUAUAAGGCUGAUGUUAAUUCACGCGAUGAAGAUUUCAGGACCCCUCUCCACAAGGCAGCCUGGAAUUGUGAUCAUGUACUACUAAACAUGUUGCUUGAGGCAGGUGCUGAGGCCAACCUGAUGGAUGAUAAUGGGUGUGCCCCGCUGCAAUAUGUCCUGAAAGUGACAGAUGUCCGCCCUAGUGCUCAGCCUGAAAUCUGUUAUCAGCUGCUUCUGAAUCACGGAGCUGCCAGGAUAUACCCACCACAAUUCCAUAAGGUAUUGCAAGCUUGUUGUUCCUAUCCCAGAGCAGUUGAGGUUAUUGUGAAUACAUAUGAACAUAUCAGGUGCACAACAAAAUGGAGAACAGCUAUACCUGAUGAUCUCUUUGAGACAUAUAGAAGUUUCUACGAAUCUCUUUUUGAAGCAUGCGCAAAUACACCACGAUCACUAAAACAUUUAGCCAGGUGUGCUAUUCGAAGAAUAUUGCUCCAUAAAUGUCACAAAGGAAUCCCUUUACUUUUAAUUCCAGCAAUACUAAAAAAUAGAGAAGAUCCAGAUUAUAAUGAACUAAUGCUGAAUGAUGUUUCUCAACCUUUGCUGCUUUGACGAAGUGCUACUUUCUUCACCCAAACUGCAUCUGAGCUAUCUGAAUGU